GUGAAUUUAACCCACAUCGGAGGCAGUUUCUCUGUUCUGCCGAAGGACUGCAUUCACGUCGUGACGCCGGACUCCGACGACCUGCUGGAGGUCAAUGUGACCAAAGUUCAGGGACCGCUGUACGCUCAACUCGUCAACCUCCGUGAUCCCACUCGUCCAGUGCUCAGCUUCCAUAUUGCUGAGCUUCGCAAAGGCCUCGUCGCCCUUCAACUACUCAACUACGCAGAAAUGGCAGAAAAGAUAUUCACUUUGACACUGGUUGCAAUUAAUCCCUUCAUGCAAGUUAGCGAACCGGUUUCCCUGCGUCUCGUCAGCACCCUCCAGCCAGUGUUUCCUGCGAUGGGGUUCGCGAAUGAGAGGAAGCCCUUCGUCUUUCAGGUCUUCUCUCUCCCACUCUUCUCCUACACCGGCGCCUUGAGCAUCGUUCAAAAGUACAACCUUCAGGUCGUUGGAUACAUUGACGAGUCGGUGGUGCGCUUCCACGUCCUCGCUAACAAGGAGGAAGAAGAGUACUUUAAGCUGCCCAAUGCAACCGGCACUGGUGGAGGUUACUUACGGCUGCAGGGGGUUCCUCUGAUCGGGGUCCACUCCACAACAUCCUGGACCCUCAUUGAGAUAGCCAACCAGCAGCUGAUGUACGCACAUCCCGGAAGUCUUCAACCCACGGUCGAUCGAUUCCGUCUGCGACUCACUUUAGACUCUCAACGGAUGUUCUACCAACAGCUGGUGAACCGGGGACUAAGACGCAGAAGGAAUGCCGGAGUUUCAGAAUCGGAGCUCGAAUUGCCUGUUCGUGUUGUCAGGAUCUAUGAGAACGCUAGAGAAAGCGCUCUAAGGACGAACGUGGCGAUCAGCUUGCACCACGGCACAGCGCACUGUUUCAUGUCGGAGGAGCUCAUAACCCCUGAAGCCCUUCAGGCGGCGCGGUCCGAUUUCGUGGACCUCAAGUUCAUCGUCAAAGUGCAGCCUUCUCAAGGCGACCUCGUGCGACGGUCGUCGCUUCUCCAGACUUCUGUAAACGUGACACAAAGUCAUCAACAGCUGAGCAGUCUCAGUGGAUCUGAUGGCGACAAGGAGGCACCUCAAAUUAGCGUCGUCGGCCUUGCCGAACUGGAACGACACGACAUCUGCUACUUGAGUCACCGACGUGACGCCAGGAUUGACAUGUUCGGCUUGAAGCAAACUGGACGAAGCGGGUUUCCUGUGGUUGCCGUUAAUAUUAACAUUCAUCCUAGACCAAAGUACCAGCUGACGAAGCGCGUCGAUCCCAGCCAACUCCUCGAAGUUCGGGAGACCGUCAACUUUGCCGCCAUCACGUCCAAUUACCUGCGCUUCGUGGUCCGCCCCACGAGGCAGUGGCUGCGUUCGUCGGCGCACAACCUGAUGCCGCUCAUGCCGAACGCCUCGGAAAUAGUCUACACUAUCACCCGCCAGCCGCGGUUCCUUGCUGGCCCCAGCAGAGACGCCGGUCGACUGGUCUCCCUGGCUGCCGCGAGCGCCAGUCAACACGAGGGCGACAUGGCCCUGCGACCGGGACUGACGAGCCUGCUGCGGGAACUGGAGCCCACCGGCGUGACGCAGUUCUCCCAAGAUCAAGUCAACUCCGGUGACAUUGUCUACGUGCCUCCAGUGGAGGACAUCGGGCCAACAAACCAAAUGGCGGAAUUUAGUUAUACGGUUUCAGCACCGGGAAUAAUGGUCUUUAAUAAGGAGCGAUUUCGGUUCCGAGUUAUUGCUGAGGAUGACCAGACGCCUCUACUUGAACUUCUGAAACCUCUAGAGGUGCACAGGGAUGGAGAGGUCGCAAUCGAUAGUGAAAUUUUGCGACUCACUGAUGAAGACACUCUUGUUGAAAAACUCGUCUUGCGCCUCACAAGGGCUCCCACACACGGGAACAUUUUUGAGUCGGUACAAAUAUCCGUUUUCAACGCCACAACUAAUGCGACCACCUCGAAAAUGGAUAGACGGAAGCUUGGCGAAGGAGAGGUUAUUUCAGCCAGUCUAAUUAAUCUAGGCAAAUUAAGUUACAUUCAAGACGGGUCAAACGUAAAAGAGGACUCCUUCAAUUUGACGGCUUCGGACGGCUAUCAGGAGUCCGUGCCCCUCAAACUCAAGGUCACCAUUCGACCCCGCGUACUAUCUGAGCCGGUGUGGAACCUUCUCGUGAACAACAGCAUCCUCGUCGAAGAGAACUCCACCGUCAUCCUCCACCCGUCAGUCUUCCCUCCGCUCACCCCCCCACCAAUGGGCGGUGCCCGGUUCUUCGUCGUCGUGCCUCCCACGAAGGGCAAACUCGUGCUCGACAAACGAUGCAAAAUGUCCCAGUUCUCGACCAACGAUGUGGCCAACAGCCGCAUCGCCUACCGUCAUGGACCCACGGAAAUCGGCACGGACGCGAAGUUCGACCUUGUGAGGGUGUGGGACUUCAAAACGGGGAAUAUUUUCUCCCUGAAUUUUACACUUUUGCCCAUCAACAGUCAACCACCAACAAUUACAGCCGUCACACCACUUCAGGUGAAUGAAGGCAGCUCGGUGGUCCUAAGUCACCAUGCCAUCUCCGUUCGUGAUCCGGAUACAAUCGAUGCUAACAUUCGCAUAAAACUCAUCACCCAUCCCAAAUGGGGCCACCUCGAACUUCGUCCAGAAAACACCAGUUCCGUCGGUUUCGCGGACUUCUCCUUUACGGCUGAAGACCUCAGUGACGGUCGUGUUUAUUACAUCAAUUCCCGUCACCGCGAUGGCUUAGAAUCCGUUUCUGAUAUUUUUUCACUUCGUGCCUACGAUCAAGAAUUCCAGUCGAAAGAAGCUAUACCAAUCCAUGUCUCCAUACACCCUGUUAACGACGAAAUACCAUCUGUGCGAUUAGUUGACUACUUCUCUGUACCUUUGAAUGGUCGCAGAGUUCUAACACCUUACCUUCUGGCUAUCAGCGAUCGAGACGUGCCGCGGGACAUUCUGCAGAUUGCAUUUCCACAACUUCCACGCUUCGGACAUCUUACAGUUUAUUGGCAACAUGGGGAGCAGUACACCAUCACGGAGUCAUCGGCGCCUAUCUCAGAGAGUUAUCUGGGGAUGAUGAACCUGGUGUACAUUCAAAACUGCAGUGUUGAACUGCCAGCGCGAGACACCUUCACGGUCUCCGUGUCCGACGGGCAACACGUGGUCAAGAAGUCAGCUCACAUUCUUUUACGCCAAGAAAAUCGAUACGGACCAGAGAUCAAGGUUGCGGAAGAAGGUGGUCUAGUCAUUGAGGGGUUGGCCUGGCGACAGCUGACCACAGCCUUGUCUGUCUCAGACGUGGAUACCCUUGCGGAGGACUUGAUAAUCACCGUUUUGCGAGCUCCCAGUCUGGGACGCCUCGAAAGACUUCAGCGGCAGGAAAUUGCGGGGUCGCCGGCCGUGGAAGACUUGCUUGAGAUCGCGCUGGAUCGAUUUGAGGAGGAAAUGAGCGGCAAUAAACGGGACACUAAAGCCUUGAGAGAAGGCGACAGUUUCACCAAGAGGCAGCUGGACUCUGGACGAAUUUACUACACCUACACCGGCGAAUACACGUCUUCGUAUGUUUACGACUCGAUAACACUCUCGGCCUCCGACGGUCGAUUCGAAGCUGGUCCUAUCGACGUACCGAUACGGAUAAGAGCCACGAAAGGUCGCAAAAAUCAGGUGGUUCAGUCUCAGUCUUCGCUUAACGCCGAAUUACUUGAAAAAAGCAAAGCCGACUCUGACCCUCUCCUUUCUGAUGCCGCUUCAGAGCCCUGGGGUGAGGUUUCAAACAUUUUCGUACUUAGUAAGUUUGAAUGA